AUGGAGACGCCACCGCCACGAAGUGACGGAGAUGAAGAGGAAGCAGGAAGAGACAGACAGCGAGAGAGCGAGAGAGAGAGACGGACAGCCAGACGGACAAGACAGCAAGCAGAAGAGAGGCCGGCGGCGAGCAUCCCUGGAGUCGCUUUUCUUCUUCUCUUCUUCUUCUUCUCUUCCUCUUCUCUUCCUCUUACUUACUUCUUCUUCUUCUCUUCUUCUGCCUUUCGACUUCUUCCUCUUCUUCCUCUCGCCUUCUCCCUCUCCGGCCGUCGAUCAGCUUACAUAGCUCGUCGGCUGGUUUGCUCUUCUCUUCUUCUCUUAUUCUCUUCUUUACUCUACUUCUUCCUCUUCUUCUUCCUCUUCUUCUUCCUCUUCUUCUUCCUCUUCUACUUCUACUCCUCUACUUAA